AUGAGUUCAUCGGAGAACACCUUCUUCGUUGAUGAGUCAGCGUCCGACAAGAAACCAUCGUCGGUGCUAAGGCUAUUUGGUUUUCCGGUGACAGGCUGUGACGAUGUGCCGGCAAUAUCAGUGCCGUGUGAUAUUGGAUAUAGAAAGAGAUCGUUUGAGUGCCAGUACUGUAACCGGGAAUUCUCAAACUCCCAAGCGCUGGGCGGCCAUCAAAAUGCGCACAAGAGAGAACGGCAAUGGGCCAAGAGGGCCCAGUUCCAAAACGAUUAUCAUCAUCAUCACCAUCAACGGUUUGUCGUAGGAGCUGUCCCAAUGAUGGCUGCGCAUGCAGCAGGGAGAUCAGGAUCGUUCGUUUGUUCAGGUGGGUCCCCAAGCAUCGGUAAUACUAAUAAUACACCUGUCGGGCGCCCACAUCAGCUUCCUGCUGCGGGCCCAGGUGAUCUGGCGCCCCCCAGAAAAGCCACGUCAAUUGCCGAAAUGUAUGGAGCCGGAGGAGACGAUGUUGAUCUCCACUUGAGGCUGGCACCCUCAAGGACCUUAUAA